AUGGCUUCGAUAUCGAUCCACGCGCCCGGUGCAUCCGGAUUUAUCUACAACAAUGCCAACCUGGGCACUUCGCGCGUAUGCAUCACGGCUGAGACCCCGGAUUUCGACAACCAGACCCUUCGCGCAUGGUCGGAUGAGGGCUUUGAUGUCGUGUAUGUACCAUUUAACAACGGCGGGAAGGAGUAUGCUGCUCGAUUGAGGACGGUGAAGGAUGGGCUGGGGGUGGGAGACAACUAUGCAAUCAUCGCAUUCGGGGACGCUGCCUCUUUUUGCAUGGACUACUUCCUGAAGCCCACAAACGCAAGUCGCCUGGCCGCGCUGGUCGCUUACUACCCGACCACCAUCCCCGACACCCGCAACCGCUACUCCAUCUCACUGCGCGUGCUCUGCCACCUAGCCGGAGACACCGUGGACGUAGUCACGAUCCCCACGGCGCUGGGUCUGCAGGGGAAGAAGCACCGAUCAACGAAGAAGAUCAACCCGGGGAUUGGCACGGGCGAGCGGCUGAACAUCGGCUGGCCGACGUUCACGUACGCGUCCGUGCAGCCCGGCUUCGCGGAGAGUGAUCUGGAGGAAUACGACCGGCUGGCGUCGGAUCUAGCCUGGAGCCGGACGCUGCAGGUGUUGCGCAAGGCGUUCGGGAAGGAUCUCGACCUGGAGUCGCGAUGGGAGGAGCAUCUGGAAGCUCGCUUCUUCUCCAUGAACCUCAAAGCAACCGUGGAGCCUUACGUAUCCCACCUCAACCCCACUGUAACCUGCACCCCCACGAUGAGCGGCGCGAUCGGAUCUCACGCCCUUCGUCGGUUCUACGAGCAUCACUUCCUGCGCAAGCUGCCGCCUUCGAUGCGGCUGCGCCUCAUUUCCCGGACGGUGGGCGCGGACCGCGUCGUGGAUGAGCUCUACGCGUCGUUCGAGCACACGGAGGAGAUCCCGUGGAUGCUGCCGGGUAUUCCCCCGACGAACAAACGUGUCGAGGUGAUUCUGGUGAGCAUCGUCAGCUUGCGCGCGGGGAGAUUGUACUCGGAGCACAUGUACUGGGACCAAGCCAGUGUGCUGGUGCAGCUGGGACUGCUGGAUCCGAAGUACGUGCCCUCGGGUGCGGCGCCGGGCGUGGAUAGACUGCCCGUGGUGGGACGCGAGGCCGCCCGACGGAUCGUGGAAGAGGACCCGGAGUCUGAGAAGAAGGACUACCACAACCGGUUGAUCCGUCGAGCCCGUGCUAAGCAGAAGGGCAAGCACGGAGUGGUGGAGGAGUCAGGAACGGAGGCGGGCGAUGUCGAAAAGCCCCUGGGCGAUGGGGAUGGAAAGGGCAAGAACGUGCAGCGCACCGGAGACGAACAGAAUGGCCAUGACGGGGAGGAGCAUGACGGCGCAGUGGGUGACGAGCACGAGGACGAAGAGAAGCCUGAAGCAAAUGGUCAGAAUGGAGCCAACGGGGCCAGCAAGAACCCUGCCGCUGCCACUGUCGAGGAUGAGCCUAAAAGUGACGACUAA